AUGGAGCUACAGGAUAAGAAGCAGGUGAGUUGCCUAGCGCCCAGCGACGUCAGCUGGCUCCCUAAAGUGGUCUGUUUGUGAAACAGAGACUCCUUGGGACGUUUGUGUGUGUGCGCUUGUGUGUGUUUGUUGACUGAUCCCCGUAGACCGCUCUUCCUAGGUUUUUGAAGUUGGUCAGUAGAUGUAAGCUAUUCAUGACUCUCGACGGGUCUGACCUAGAGUAUGUGGACAACUACAAAUAUCUAGGUGUCUGGUUAGACUGUAAACUCAACUUCCAGACUCACAUAAAGAAUCUCCAAUCCAAAGUUAAAUCUAGAAUUGGCUUCCUAUUUCGCAACAAAGCCUCCUUCACUCAUGCUGCCAAACAUGCCCUCGUAAAACUGACUAUCCUACCGAUCCUUGACUUCGGCGAUGUCAUUUAUAAAAUAGCCUCCAACACUCUACUCAGCAAAUUGGAUGUAGUCUAUCACAGUGCCAUCCGUUUUGUCUCCAAAGCCCCAUACACUACCCACCACUGUGACCUGUACGCUCUUGUUGGCUGGUCCUCACUACAUGUUCGUCGUCAAACCCACUGGCUCCAGGCCAUCUAUAAAUCACUGCUAGGCAAAUCCCCGCCUUAUCUUAGCUCAUUGGUCACCAUAGCAGCACCCACCCGUAGUCUGCGCUCCAGCAGGUAUAUCUCACUGGUCAUUCCCAAAGCCAACACCUCCUUUGGCCGCCAUUCCUUCCAGUUCUCUGCUGCCAAUGACUGGAACGAAUUGCAAAAAUCUCUGAAGCUGGAGACUCUUAUCUCCCUCAAUAACUUUAAGCAUCAGUUGUCAGAGCACCUUACCGAUCACUGCACCUGUACACAGCCCAUCUGAAAUUAGCCCACCCAACAACCUCAUCCCUAUAUUGUUAUUUAAUUUGCUCUUUUGCACCCCAGUAUCUCUAUUUGCACAUAAUCUCUUGCACAUCUAGCAUUCCAGUGUUAAUACUAUUGUAAUUAUUCUGCACUAUAGCCUAUUUAUUGCCUUACCUCCAUAACUUGCUACAUUUGCACACACUGUAUAUAUAUUUUCUGUUGUAUUUCUGACUUUAUGUUUUUUUUACCCCAUAUGUAACUCUGUGUUGUUUUUGUUGCACUACUUUGCUUUGUCUUGGCCAGGUCGCAGUUGUAAAUGAGAACCUGUUCUCAACUGGCUUACCUGGUUAAAUAAAGGUGAAAUAAAAAUAAAAAAAUAAAAUAAAAAAAAUGACAGACACAUUGAAACUGUUUUUUGGUCUGGUGUCACAAAAGAGGAACUGGCCUGUCAACUCGUUAUCAUGAGCUUGUACUUUAAAAGCAGUGAGCUGAAGGUUGACAGGUGUCAGCAACCACACCAUCCACUCUCGAGCUGAAAGUUGACAGGUGUCAGCAACCACACCAUCCACUCUCGAGCUCUCAUUCUCACCCUCCUCCUUUUCUCUCACCCUGCUCUGCUGAAGGGUAUUUUUCGCCGCUCAUACAGGAGUAAUAAAGGCUUAGUGUAUAUUAGUUAAUAGUGUUAAACACAUUUAUUUUAAUUGUAUUAUGAUUUAUCAGGACCCCUACUUCCCUCGAGUGGCGCAGUGGUCUAAGGCACUGCAUUGCAGUGCUAGCUGUGCCACUAGAGAUCCUGGUUCGAAUCCAGGCUCUGUCGUAGCCGGCCGCGACCGGGAGACCCAUGGGGCGGCGCACAAUUGGCCCAGCGUCGUCCAGGGUAGGGGAAGGAAUGGCCGGCAGGGCUGUAGCUCAGUUGGUAGAGCAUGGCAUUUGCAACGCCAGGGUUGUGGGUUUGAUUCCCAUGGGGGGCCAGUAUGAAAAAAUAAAUAAAAUAAAAAAUAAUGUAUGUACUCACUAACUGUAAGUCGCUCUGGAUAAGAACGUCUGCUAAAUGACUAAAAUAUAAAAUGUAAAUGUAUGAAUAUACAUGGAUUCUAACUUUUUAGUUUACAACUUUUUUGUACAAUUUAUUCUCACUGCAUAUAAAAACCACGAAGAUUGCCGGAAAGAUCCGGAAAGCAAGAUGGCUACUGUACAUGAUAAGCUGGUGCGCACCAAGUUGUACUUCACGUUUUAGUAUGGAAAACGUCUGUGAGUAUUUUUCUACAAUAUUCACAACAUAUUGAACAAUUAUAGUCUGUAAAAUGACAUCUGUAAAAAUGUAUUUGAGGGAACAUUAUCAAGCCAGCAGCAGAUGAAACAUGAAGUGAAUUCUCUCCUCCUCUCUCCCCGGUUUUAGCUUGCGGCUAUUACUGUCUAGCUGGGUAAAUUUAGGAUAUUUACUAACCCAUACCAGUGACAAACUUGGCUAUGUUAUCAACAUAUGGUAGUACACAAACAACAUAUAGCUCACUUAUUUUGCCAGCCUCUUCAACAAGAAGCAACUGUGACAACAAUGCUCCAUAAAAAAAAGAACUUUCCCAUUGAAGUUUACAUACACUACGUUGACUGUGCCUUUAAACAGCUUGGAAAAUCAAAAGAAAUCAGCCAAGACCUCAGAAAAAAAUUGUAGACCUCCACAAGUCUGGUUCAUCCUUGGGAGCAAUUUCCAAACGCCUGAAGGUACCACGUUCAUCUGUACAAACAAUAAUACGCAAGUAUAAACACCAUGGGACCACUCAGCUGUCAUACCGCUCAGGAAGGAGACGCGUUCUGUCUCCUAGAGAUGAACGUACUUUGGUGCGAAAAGUGCAAAUCAAUCCCAGAACAACAGCAAAGGACCUUGUGACGAUGCUGGAGGAAAUAGGUACAAAAGUAUCUAUAUCCACAGUAAAACAAGUCCUAUAUCGACAUAACCUGAAAGGCCGCUCAGCAAGGAAGAAGCCACUGCUCCAAAACCACCAUAAAAAAGUCAGACUACGGUUUGCAACUGCACAUGGGCACAAAGAUCGUACUUUUUGGAGAAAUGUCCUCUGGUCUGAUGAAACAGAAAUAGAGCUGUUUGGCUAUAAUGACCAUUGUUAUGUUUGGAGGAAAAAGGGGGAUGCUUGCAAGCUGAAGAACACCAUCCCAACUGUGAAGCACGGGGGUGGCCGCAUCAUGCUGUGGGAGUGCUUUGCUGCAGGAGGGACUGGUGCACUUCACAAAAUAGAUGGCAUCAUGAGGAAGGAAAAUUAUGUGGAUAUAUUGAAGCAACAUCUCAAGACAUCAGUCAGGAAGUUAAAGCUUGGUCACAAAUGGGUCUUCCAAAUGGACAAUGACCCCAAGCAUACUUCCAAAGUUGUGGCAAAAUGGCUUAAAGACAACAAAGUCAAAGUAUUGGAGUGGCCAUCACAAAGCCCUGACCUCAAUCUUAUAGAAAAUGUGUGGGCAGAACUGAAAAAGCAUGUGCGAGCAAGGAGGCCUACAAACCUGACUCCGUUACACCAGCUCUGUCAGGAGGAAUGGGCCAAAAUUCACCCAACUUAUUGUGGGAAGCUUGUGGAAUGCUACCCAAAACGUUUGACCCAAGUUAAACAAUUUAAAGGCAAUGCUACCAAAUACUAAUUGAGUGUAUGUACAUUUCUGACCCAAUGGGAAUGUGAUUAAAUAAAUAAAAGCUGAAAUAAAUCAUUAUUUCUACUAUUAUUCUGACAUUUCACAUUCUUAAAAUAAAGUGGUGAUCCUAACUGACCUAAGACAGGGAAUUUUUACUAGGAUUAAAUGUCAGGAAUUGUGAAAAACUGAGUUUAAAUGUAUUUGGCGAAGGUGUAUGUAAACUUCCGACUUCAACUGUGUAUAAGGUCCCACAGUUGACAGUGCAUGUCAGAGUAUAAACCAAGCCAUGAGGUGGAAGGAAUUGUCUGUAGAGCUCCGAGAGAGGGUUGUGCUCGAUGACAUUUUUUGGGGGGGAUGUUUUUCAGCGGCAGGGACUGGGAGACAAGUCAGGAUCGAGGGAAAGAUGAACGGAGCAAAAUACAGAGAGAUCCUUGAUGAAAACCUGCUCCAGAGCGCUCAGGACCUCAGACUGGGGUGAAGGUUCACCUUCCAACAGGACUACAACCCUAAGCACACAGCCAAGACAAUGCAGGAGUGGCUUCGGGACAAGUCUCUGAAUGUCCUUGAGUGGCACAGCCAGAGCCCGGACUUGAACCCGAUUGAACAUCUCUGGAGAGACCUGAAAAUCCAAACCUGACAGAGCUUGAGAGUAUCUGCAGAGAAGAAUGGGAGAAACUCCUCAAAUACAGGUGUGCCAAGCUUGUAGGGUCAUACCCAAGAAGACCUGAGGCUGUAAUCACUGCCAAAGGUGCUUCAACAAAGUACUGUGUAAAGGGUCUGAAUACUUAUGUAAAAAUGAUAUUUCAUUUAGUUUUUUUUAUACAUUUGUUAAAAAAUCUAAAAACCUUUUUUUUUGCUUUGUCAUUAUGGGGUUAUGUUUGUAGAUUAAGGGGGAAAAAACGAAUCAAUUUUAGAAUAAGACUAACAUUGCAAUGGGUUAUGUAGAAGGACUAAGCUCAGUUCGGCUGACUUUUUAAAAGGAAAAUAAUUUUAUGCCGAACCUAAAAUAUAAUUUCCAUCUCCAGAAAUGAGCCAAUAGCAUAUCGGUAAAAUUAUUUGUUAAAUUAGUUUUAACAUAGCCAAUGCAUGGUCCAUAUUAUCAGGUAUGCUAUUAGCAAUAAGCAUUAUCACCUGUAGCCCAACUGAUGCAGCAUAGUGGCUAGAAAUAAAUAGGCUGAAGCAGAGGGUUGCCCUUCUGCAUUUACCCUAUUGGGCUAAUCAUUAGCUAGAUCCCAAAUGUGAUCUUUCAACUAGUUAGCAUCCUAUUGAUGCAUUUUAUGUCCCAAAAAACGUGCAUAAACACUGUGAAUAUAAUGUAGUCCUAUCUCUUAGGGUAACGUACCACCUUGGGUAACAUGCCCCUACCUGUACUUUUCACAGAAACCCCCCCCCCCCCCAACACUUUUACUGGUGACCACUACUCUGGCUCAACUAAAAAUGUAAUCUGUCUCAUCACAAAAAAAAUAUUUUGAGGUGGCAUUUUACCCCAAGUUACCCUACGAUUGACCUGUGUUACAUUUUUGCCCCACUCUCCCCUAUGCACUCACAGGUAAUAGCAGAGUGGUAACUUGCUUUUCCAUGCCACUGCUAAAAACUCUGGGUUUACAAUGUUGAGGUUUGCGCAUAUUUAAGAGUUGAUAAAUAAAGUACGAAUGGGAUCCCCCUCUUUUUAACAAAAGUAAUUAAAACUGAUGUUUUCCCCGCAAUUGCAAGAAUUCUUGUGCGUUGGCUGCUUGUCAGAAUGCGCGUUUCCCUCACCAUGGCACUCGUAACUUGAAUGUGCCUCGAGGAAUAUUCUGGCAUUAAACACAACAACAAGCCGACUAGGUAAAUAGAUAUAUCUGACAACCCCAGAGUAGAAUAGUUUCUCUAUUCAUUACUCGUUAUGUUUGCAGAGGAAAAGUAAAUGUGGACUGUAAAAUACAAUUGUGUGGCGGCAAUGUUUUUCUCGUGGCGCAUCAGCACAGCUAAACGACUGCAGCGGAAACACUGGAAAGCAAAGCACAACCCUCAAUACAGGUUGUCUCUCUCCUUCUCUUUCUUCUUGCACUCUCUGUCUUCUGUUCUUUCAGCUUUCAUAUGCCUCCACUCUCUUUUUUAAACUCUCUCUCUCUCUCUCUCUCCUCUCCGCUUGAUCACUCUCCUGUAUCGUCUAGCCAGACACUGCAGAGACACAUACAGUCAGAGCUAAUCCAGCUGGCACUGGGCUGUGGCUGGGCUGAGCUAGACGAAGAUUCAGUGUAGGGCAGACUUUACGGGCAGAGAGAGAUGAGCCCAGGCUCUGACGUCCGGGUGUGUUUGUGUUUAUCCAUGUCUAGAGAAUUUUCUGCUUCCUGACUAUGGAGAAUUGUCAGUUAUUUAUAGCUGUGUGGGAUGUGGAGAAAUAAAAUGGCGCUGAGCUGAAAUGGGGUGUGUGUGUGUGUGUGUGUGUGUGUGUGUGUGUCUGUAGAGUGGGGGAGUGUGGGAAAAGAUUGGGUUCCCACUAACAUUAGAUAUGGUUGUUUCUCUGCAGCUGGCUUCACCUCCAUUGUAACCCUAAACCACUGACAUUUAGGUUUGUUUGCAGCUUGCUUCACUUCUGUUGUGAAUAACUAUACUGAAAAAAAUUGAAAUGCAACAACUUCAAAGAUUUCACUGAAUUACAGUUCAUAUCAGGAAGGAAAUUCAUUAGGCCCUAAUCUAUGGAUUUCAUAUGACUGGGCAUACAGAUACCUUAAUAAAAAGGAAAACCAGUCAGUAUCUGAUGUGACCACCAUUUGCCUCAUGCAGCACGACACAUCUCCUUAGCAUAGAGUUGAUCAGGCUGUUGAUUUUGGCCUGUGGAAUGUUAACCCACUCCUCUUCAAUGGCUGUGUGAAGUUGCUGGAUAUUGGCGGGAACUGGAACACACUGUUGUACCCGUCGAUCCAGAGCAUCCCAAACAUGCUCAAUGGGUGACAUGUCUGAGUAUGCAGGCCAUGGAAGAACUGGGAUAUUUUCAGCUUCCAGGAAUAGUGUACAGAUCCUUGCGACAUGGGGCCGUGCAUUAUCAUGCUGAAACAUGAGGGGAUGGCGGCGGAUGAAUGGCACGACAAUGGGCCUCAGGAUCUCGUCACGGUGUCUCUGUGCAUUCAAAUUGUCAUAGAUAAAAUGCAAUUGUGUUUGUUAUCCGUAGCUUAUGCCUGCCCGUACCAUAACCCCACUGCCACCAUGGGGCACUCUGUUCACAACGUUGACAUCAGCAAACCGCUUGCCCACACGACGCCAUACACGUGGUCUGCGGUUGUGAGGCCGGUUGGAUGUACUGCCAAAUUCUCUAAAACAACGUUUGAGGCUUAUGGUAGAGAAAUGAACAUUCUUGCAGUCAGCUUGCCAAUUGCACGCUCCCUCAAAACUUGAGACGUCUAUGGUAUUGUGUUGUGUGACAAAACUGCACAUUUUAGAGUGGCCUUUUAUUGUCCCUAGCACAAGGUGCACCUGUGUAAUGAUCAUGCUGUUUAAUCAGCUUCUUGAUAUGCCACACUUGUCAGGUGGAUGGAUUUAUCUUGGCAAAGGAGAAAUGCUCACUAACAGGGAUGUAAAAAAAUUGUGCACAACAUUUUAGAGAAAUACGCUUUUUGUGCCUAAGGAAAAUGUCUGGUAUCUUUUUAUUUCAGCUCAUGAAACAUGGGACCAACACUUUACAUGUUGCGUUUUAUAUUUUUGUUCAGUGUAGAUGAAUGAUGAAAUGUAUGGCAGAACAUAAUCUCUGCUGUAUCUCUGCUCAUUAAAACCAUAUCAUCCUAUUGGCAUCAGUUAGUUUGGCUCAUUAGAGUGAAAGUACAAUUCAGUUUAGCUUACUAAUGAUCUAACAAAUCGUUUGAGUUUUUGCUUAUUAAAACCAUAAAACGGAAGCGCAGAAAAACUUGGGGCAACAAAUGUGAACUAGGGGAAAUGGUUGAUUUAAUGCAAAUCUGUUAUUUGAAUGUGUUUAACUGCGUGUGGCAGUGCACCUGUGCAUAGGACCAAGGCAAAGCAGCUAACAAGGUACUGCUCUGUUUCAGCUGUCGUGGGCAGCCUAGCUGUGUGGACAAGGUGCUUUUUGUACCAUAAGUGUCCCUGAAUCUGUGACCUUUGAAAUGUUUGAAUCCUUCUUGACUGUAAUGUGAUUUGUGGAUUCAAAUGUAUAUAUUGAAUAUGUGUGUGUUUCAGGAGGAGGGAGUGGGGACCCUGGGCUUGUCUACUGGUCAGGCUCUGGGUAAACUGAGGGACCAGCUCACCACCCUGCUUGACCAGCACCAGAUCACAGGCCGUGGCAAACAACCCACUGCACAGGUAGGUACCCCCGCACUGCACAGCCGGUGCCCCCGCACAUUAACUCUGCACCGGUACCCCUGUAUAUAUAGCCUCCCUACUGUUAUUUUAUUUUACUUCUGCUCUUUUUUUCUCAACACUUUUUUUGUUGUUGUUUUAUUUUUACUUUUUUCGUUAAAAAUAAAUGCACUGUUGGUUAAGGGCUGUAAGUAAGCAUUUCACUGUAAUGUCUGCACCUGUUGUAUUCGGCGCAUGUGACCAAUAAAAUUUGAUUUGAUUUGUAGAGUGUAACAAGAUGUUUUGUUUGUUUGAUGUUAUUUUAGGAGCAGUGGGUGAAGAGCUUCCUUCACCAUGGCAACCGCCACUCUUGUCUCCAUUGGCCGGGAGCCGCCCUCACGCUGCUGGUGGUGGUGGGACUUCUCUGUUGUUAUGGCGACCAGCCACAGGGCAGGUGUGUUUGACUGUAGCGCUGGGACAAUAGACCAAUUAUCCACACCGAUCACUUACCACAGGCAUUCUGCUGAUAUCCUUCAUUACCAUAAGUAGCCUAUACUAGAGAAAUGUGAAAUAAGUUUGAAAUGAAAUAAGUUUGCUAAUAUGGGUGAUUGUUAAUGGGACAAUUGGUGGCUACAACCAUCGAACUAGUGGUAGUAGUUUUAAAGGAUCAUUUGAAAAAACUGUGGUAAACUUAUCGUUCUAUUUAUUGUUGUGGCAUAAAUUCAGGCAAUUUAUCGCAGUAUGGAUUUGUGUCCAUAUGGUCUAGUUUUAUUUGAUUGUGUGUAUUAUUUAGAAUGUUGCUCUGUAACGUGUGUAUUAUUUAGACUGGAAUUUCAACCCAAAUGUUCCUAUCAGAGCUACCUCGCGGUGAAAUAAGGUUGUGAAACACAGGAAGACCCAACAGUCUGAAAACGACCACAUCUCUCCUCUCCUCCUCCUCCCCCUCCUCCUCCUCCUCCCCCUCCCCUCCCCCUCCCCCUCCUCCUCCUCCUACUCCUCUCCUUCCUCCUCUUACUCCUCCCCCUCCUCCUCCCCCUCCUCCUCCCCCUCCUCCUCCCCCUCCCCUCCCCCUCCUCCUCCCCCUCCUCCUCUUACUCCUCCCCCUCCUCCUCCUCCCCCUCCUCCUCCUCCUCCCCCUCCCCCUCCUCCUCCUACUCCUCUCCUUCCUCCUCCCCCUCCCCCUCCUCCUCCUCCUCCCACUCCUCCCCCUCCUCCUCCCCCUCCCCCUCCUCCUACUCCUCUCCUUCCCACUCCUCCUCCUCCUACUCCUCCUCCCACUCCUCCCCCUACUCCUCCCCCUCCCCCUCCCCCUCCUACUCCUCCUCCCCCUCCUACUCCUCCUCCCCCUCAUCCUCCCCCUCCCCCUCAUCCUCCUCCUCCCCCUCCUCCUCCUCCUCCCCCUCCUCCUCCUCCCCCUCCUACUCCUCCUCCCCCUACUCCUCCCCCUCCUCCCCCUACUCCUCCCCCCUCCUCCUCCUCCUCCUCCUCCUACCCCCUCCUACUCCUCCUCCCCCUACUCCUCCCCCCUCCUCCCCCUACUCCUCCCCCUCCUCCCCCUCCCCCUCCUCCUCCCCCUCCUCCCCCUCCCCCCCUCCUCCCCCCCCUCCUCCUCCCCCUCCUCCCCCCCCCCCCCCCCUCCCCCUCUCUCUGUAGUUCUGGGAUAGAGGUGGUGAAUGCUGCAACCCUUCUCAUGCUCUUCACACUGAGCUUCAUGCUGGUUUGUCGACAGCAGAGGCUGAGGAGAACUGAGAUGGUGCACCGGCUCAACAGCAUCAUCAAUCAGCUCAACGGUGAGAGGAAGAGAGAAGAGGGGGAUGGAGCUAGAAUGAGAGGACUGGGGAUGAGCGUUGACAUUAGGACAGUUGGAGAUUUAAAUGGAGGGAAAACAUUAAGAAAUAAACACUAUUUUACUUGAGGUUGGCAAGUUUCCACCGUUCUUGUUUUGUGAUCCUAUCUUUUUAUUUCCUCUUCCACCCUCUCUCUCCCUCCUCCAGGCUACCUGUCGGGCUGGGCAGAUUUGGGUGAGGGGGUGAGGUGGUCUCCCUCCCUUUACCCUGACCUGUACACUCCCUCCUCCCCCUCCUGGUCGCUCCACUGGACCUACCGCGACUCCACGCUGGUCAACCUGCCUGUGUCCCUACUGGUGGAGGGAGAUGUCAUAGCUUUACGGCCAGGACAGGAGACGUUUGCUUCUCUCAGAGGCAUCAAGGUAUGGAGAGAGGUAGAUGGUAAAGGGAGAGAGGAGGUGGAUACUGCUUAUGUGAAUGGCUCACCUGUAUCUUCAACAUCUCCCUUCUCCAGGAUGACGAUCAUAUAGUUCUGGAGCCGGGUGACCUGUUCCCACCUCGCUCCCCCCCUCCCUCCCCCCGGGGGGACCAGAAGAGGGGUCCCCAGAGCCCCCAGCAGCACCGCCUCUUCAGGGUGGUCCGCACGCCCAUCCUCGACAGCGUCAGGUGGGAAAUGCAUCCACUAAAGUCCACCUUUGAAGCUGGACAGUCUGACAAACUUUGAUUGUGAGGUGAACGAGUUUGAGGUAAUAAUUUACCACUAGCUAGUUUGCUAUCCAACAAUUGCGGAGGGGGAGGUCCAAGAAUUCAACUCGAGGAGGAAGUUUGCGCAAAUCAUAAAUGAUCAUCUACAGACUAGAGUCAAAGGAAACCUGAAAUUGUCACUUGUGAUUGUGACGGCUCAGUGUGUCAUUUUUAAGCAGCUUAAAAAUACAGGGCAGGUUUCCCAGACCCAGAUUAAGUCUAAUAUUGGUCUAAACUGCAUGUUUGUUAGUUUUUUGUCCAGGAUUAGGCUUAAUCUGCAUGGGUCCAGUAAACCGUCCUAUGAAGUUAUCUAAAAUGACUGACCCCCGCCCUGGCUGAAUUCUCCUCUGUGCUUUACAGGAACAGUCUGGACCUGGCUCUGUCUCGACCAAUCACAGCCCUGGAUAACGAGAGGUUCACCGUUCAGUCCAGCAUGGCCAAGUUUGCCUGCCCUAUCGUACUGGUGAGACAAGCAAACAACACAAACGCAGUUUCUUCAUUAAACCUACUUGACGUGGUCCCUCAUGUCAUUCCUCUCUCCUCCUAUAGGUGGCGUUCUUAGUUGUGAAUACAGUGCGUUAUUUCUUUGACGCCCCCAGCCUCAGUCCUGGACGCUUCAACUUCAUCCAGCUGCAGGUAUGAAGACUCAACAGCCCUUCUUGGCCGUGCCCCUUCUCCUUAUUUAUAGCAGGGUAGGCUAACCUGCGGGGACAGAAUCUCUUCAAACCUACAGAUAAAAUAUCCCUUUUGUAAUAAUUGUUGUGUUCCAGCUGAUGGGAGUGCUGCCCAUCCUCCCCCUGCUGUUUCCUGUCAUGUGGGUGCUGGUCAACACCUAUGGAGAGGCUAGCGUCCUGGCUGAGUCCAGCAGAACUUCUCCUACUGGCCUGGUGAGAAACACACCGACGCACAAGUGCCACACGAGAGACAGAGAGGUGCCUCCUGUGUGGUUUAACUGGCCUCUUCUCUCGCCACAGCUUGCUAAGUUCUCUGAGGACACUUUAAGCAGCUACACUGAAGUGGUGUCCUCCCAGGUAUAACUUCUCAACUCCUCCGCCCUCACUCCCUCGCCCCCGUCCCUGUCCACACGCUGACAGCCCUCGCCCCUGCACCCACCACCGUGAAACCCUGUAGCGCUCACGCAUCUUCUUUUGUUGUUUGAGUUUAGGACCAAUCAUCUAUUUGGUUUUGCAUUGUUUAUCCCUAAUGUGGUUGAUUUUCUUGUUCAUGAUGAGAUCUCUUUGGCAUUUCUGUCGGUUCUCUCUGUCAGCCAAUCAGUCUUUCUCCAAUCCUCGCUGAUGGGAGUGCAAAUUUGACUCAUCUAGUUUUGGCAAUUUUUCAUCAUACCAUUUCUUUACCUAAUCACGUAACCCUUCGUCCCCCGACGAACCCCAGCACUUACCACCCCCACCUCUGCGCUACUGACACAUUGGCCCAGUCCAGAACUAACCCCCAACCCCCUCCCUGCUAAAGGGCUUGGUUCUGGAUUGGCCUCUCCCCUGAGCCUGUGCCUGCCACCUCUGCCCUCCUGCUUGCAAUGCAUGAUGGGAAACUCUGCCCCACUAACUGUGUACUUUGACUCUCAAACGACUUCCUUUCCUUGUGUCCUUUCCUCAAAUGCCUUACUUGAUGAACACUAAUCUGGAAAGGAUCUAAAGGACCUGGGAGGACUAUGAUUUCAUAAGAAAAGGAGUGAAGGAAAGGAAGCAUCUGGGAGUAUUGGGUCAUAGUCCCUGAUUGUCAGACUGAAGACAUCAAAGGACAUCAUCUACUCGCAUUUAGGUGUCAACCCUUUUGGGAAAGAUGGAGGUGUUCUUGAGGUGUUCCUUUCCACUUUGUCACUAGUAAUAUACAGUGCCCUUAGAAAGUAUUCAUACCCCUUGACUUAUUCCACAUUUUGUUGUGUUACAGCCUGAAUUCAAAAUGGAUUAAAUAUAUAUUUUUACACACAAUACCUCAUAAUGACAAAGUGAAAACCAUGUUUUUUAAAUUUUUUUGCACAUUUAUUGAAAAUCAAAUACAGAAAUAUCUCAAUUACAUAACUAUUCGCAUCCCUGAGUCAAUACAUGUUAGAAUCACCUUUUGGCAGUGAUUACAGCUGUGAGUCUUUCUGGGUAAGUCUCUAAGAGCUUUGCACACCUGGAUUGUAUAAUACUUGCACAUUAUUCUUUAAAAAAUUCUUCAAACUUUGUCAAGUUGGUUGUUGAUCAUUGCUAGACAGCCAUUUUCAAGUCUUGCCAUAGAUUUUCAAGCUGAUUUAAGUCAAAGCUGUAACUAGGCCACUCAGAAACAUUCAAUGUCAUCUUGGUAAGCAACUCUAGUGUAGAUGUUUCCUUGUGUUUUAGGUUAUUGUCCUGCUGAAAAGUGAAUUUGUCUCCCAGUGUCUGGUGGAAAGCAGACUAAACCAGGUUUUCCUCUAGGAUGUUCUCUGUGCUUAGCUCCAUUCCGUUUGUUUUUUUAUCCUGAAAACUCCCCAGUCAUUAACGAUUACAAGUAUACCCAUAACAUGAUGCAGCCACCACUAUGCUUGAAAUCAUGAAGAGUGGUACUCAGUAAUGUGUUGUAUUGGAUUUGCCCCAAACAUAAUGUUUUGUAUCUAUUUCUUUGCCACAUUUUUUGCAGUUUUACUUCAGUGCCUUAUUGCAAACAGGAUGCGUGUUUUGGAAUAUUUGUAUUCUGUACAGGCUUCCUUCUUUUCACUAUCAUUUAGGUUAGUAUUGUGGAGUAACUACAAUGUUGUUGAUCCAUCCUCAGUUUUCUCCUAUCACAGCCAUUAAACUAACUGUUUUAAAGUCCCCAUUGGCCUCAUGGUGAAAUCCCUGAGCGGUUUCCUUCCUCUCCGGCAACUGAGUUAGGAAGGAUGCUUGUAUCCUUGUAGUGACUGGGUGUAUUGAUACACCAUCCAAAGUGUAAUUAAUAACUUCACCAUGCUCAAAGGGAUGUUCAAUGUUGUUGUUUUUUACCCAUCUACCAGUGGGUGCCCUUCUUUACGAGGCAUUGGAAAACCUCCCUGGUCUUUGUGGUUGAAUCUGUGUUUGAAAUUCACUGCUUGACUGAGGGGACCCUACAUAAAUGUGUGGGUUACAAAGAUGAGGUAGUCAUUCAAAAAAAUCAUGUUAAACACUAUUAUUGCACACAGAGUGCAUUUUUAAUGUAUUUGUAAACAUUUCUAAAAACAUAAUUCCACUUUGACAUUAUGGGGUAUUGUGUUUUAGGCCAGUGACACAAAAUCUCAAUUUAAUACAUGUUCAAUUCAGGCUGUAAAACAACAAAAUGUGGAAAAGGUCAAGAGGUUUGAAUACUUUCUGAAAGCACUGUAGAUCACUGUACUGUAGAUGCUAUUGCCUGCAACAGAGAAUCAAGGCUUUUUAAUGUGCUUCAUCUAGCCCUGCAGUGGGUCUUCCCAUGCUAUGGCAUCAGCUCUACUCGCUCAUCUUAGUUGCAAGUCCCGUUUCUCAGUAGGCCCCCUUGCCUUUUCACUUUUGAAACUUUUUGAAGAUGAUAUUAUGGAUUUCAAUGUGUCAAUGCCUGGCCUUCAAGGUCUUUUGGAAUUUCCGCACAUUUUUUGAUGAAGGAAUAUGAUGUUACUGCACCUAUCUUUGCCAUUCAUUUGAGAUCUACACAACCAAUGUUGAGGGAUAUGGACUCCUUUCAACAUUUAGACCAGAUUAGGGGUCUGAUUUAAUGUCUGACAAACGUAAAAUUGAGUCAACUAUGUACAGGCUUCCUUCUUUUCACUAUCAUUUAGGUUAGUAUUGUGGAGCAAACUACAAUGUUGUUGAUCCAUCUGUAGUGGGUGAAAAUGUGAUAAUGCGAUGUAUCCUAACUGUGUGUGUGUGUGCAGGAGAUGCUGCGGUGUGUGUGGAGACACCUGGUGGACGUGCUGAGGGGAGAGUCCCAGACACUCUGCUACACCUCCAGCCUGCUACACACACUAGGCUCUGUCACUGUAAGUGUCUCUCUCUCUCUCUCUCUCUCUCUCUCUCUCUCUCUCUGUCUCUCUCUUGGUGUGUGUGUGUGUGUGUAACGCGCUCUCUUUCUCUCUCUAGGUGUUGUGUUGUGUGGACAAACAGGGUGUGCUAUCCUGGCCUAACCCCAGUCCAGAGACAGUGCUGUUCUUUAGUGGUCGCGUGGAGCCGCCUCACAACGACAGUCAAGAAGACCUGCGAGACGACCUCUCAGACAACUCGUUCUGCCGCAUGGAGACCGACGAGGACCGGGACGAGGUGGGUGGGUGGGCUGGGCGCUGUAUCGUAUCUAUAUAACGGUACUUUACCUUCUAUAGCAGUAUUUCAAUGUUUGGUUAAAUGUGAUACGCCACUCCGCUGUAACGUCCGUUUUUAUAGUUUACUACUUGAGGCGUCACCAAGCCCCACCCCCUGUCACUCAAGGAGCGCAGUUGUUGCUCAACCACGAGACCGCUUGACGUCCACUCUUCAGUCUGCAUGGUCAAUGCAGCAGAUGCAACAAGAUGUCGACGACAACGAUGCUGCUAUUUCAGCCACUCCUGUUGCUGACAGGUGUAUAAAAUCGAGCACACAGCCAUGCAAUCUCCAUAGGUAAACAUUGGCAGUAGAAUGGCCUUACUGAAGAGCUCUGUGACUUUCAACGUGGCACCGUCAUAGGAUGCCACCUUUCCAACAAGUCAGAUCGUCACAUUUCUGCCCUGCUAGAGCUGCCCCUGUCAACUGUAAGUGCUGUUAUUGCGAAGUGGAAAUGUCUAGGAGCAACAACGGCUCAGCUGCGAAGUGGUAGGCCACACAUGCUCACGGGACCGCCAAAGCACAUAGCGCGUCUGUCCUCGGUUGCAACACUCACUACCGAGUUCCAAUCUGCCUCUGGAAGCAACGUCAGCACAAUCACUUUUUUUGCACACAAGCUGAAGAUCGCCAUGCGCAAUGCCAAACGUCGGCUGGAGUGAUGUAAAGCUCGCCGCCAUUGGACUCUGGAGCAGUGGAAACGCGUUCUCUGGAGUGAUGAAUCACACUUCACCAUCUGGCUGUCCGACUGACUAUUCUGGGUUUGGCGGAUGCCAGGAGAACGCUACCUGCGCCAAUGCAUAGUGCCAACUGUAAAGUUUGGUGGAUGAGGAAUAAUGGUCUGGGGCUGUUUUUCUUGGUUCGAGCUAGGCCCCUUAGUUCCAGUGAAGGAAAAUCUUAACACUACAGCAUACAAUGACAUUCUAGGUGAACUGACUUGUUGGAAAGGUGGCAUCCUAUGACGGUGCCACGUUGAAAGUCACUGAGCUCUUCAGUAAGGCCAUUCUACUGCCAAUGUGUGUCUAUGGAGAUUGCAUGGAUGUGUGCUCAAUUUUAUACACCUGUCAGCAACGGGUAUGGCUUAAAUAGCCGAAUCCACUAAUUUGAAGGGGUGUCCACAUACUUUUGUAUAUAUAGUGUAUAUUAUUAUUAUUAUUAUUAUUAUUAUUAUUAUUUAAAUGUUUUACAAAUGUGAUAAUCUUUCUUCCACUUUGACAUUACAGAAUAUUUUGUGCAAAUCGUUGUCAAAAAAUUACAAUUAAAUCCAUUUGAAUCCCACUUUGUGAGACAACAAAAUGUCCAGGGGCGUGAAUACUUUCUGAAGGCACUAUAGUUCCUGCUGUCUGACGUGAGACAAAUAUCUAGUUCCUUUAACCACCUGAGGUAUUGACUGUGAGAUUCGUAUGAUGGGUGAUAGUGUCUUUUCAGCAGUGGUGGGAAAAGUAUCCAAUUGUAAUACUUGAAUAAAAGUAAAGAUACCCUAAUAGAAAAUAACUCAAGUGAAAGUCACCGAGGGAAAUACUACUUGAGUAAAAGUCUGAAAAUAUUUGGUUUUAAUAUACUUAAGUAUCACAAGUAAGUAUGAAAAAUGUAUGCACUCACUAACUGUAAGUCGCUCUGGAUAAGAGCGUCUGCUAAAUGACUAAAAUGUAAAUGUAAAUGCUAAAAUAUACUUGGUAUCAAAAGUAAAAGUAUAAAUAAUUUCAAAUUCCUUAUAUUAAGCAAACCAGAUGGCACGAUUUUAUGUUUUACUCCAACACUCAGACAUCAUUUACAAACAAAGCAUUUUGUGUUUAGUGAGUCCGCCAGAUCAGAGGCAGUAGGGAUGACAAGGGAUGUUCUCUUGAUAAGUGUGGGAAUUGGACCAUUUCCUGUUCUGCUAAGCAUUCAAAAUGUAAGAGUACAUUUAGGUGUCAGGGAAAAUGUCUGGAGUAAAAACGACAUUUUCUUUAGGAAUGUAGUGAGGUAAAAGUUAUCAAACAUAUAAAUAGUAAAGUACAGAUGCCACAAAAAACGACUUAAGUAGUACUUGAAAGUAUUUUUACUUAAGUACUUUACACCAGUGCUUUUUGAGUGAUUGGAAGAGUGAUGUCUGAUUGGCUGUUCAUCCUGUCCGUCAGACCCAGGAGGGGGAUGCUCUGCUGUGUAUGCCAAUAAUGGAUGGGAUGAGAGACGGGUAUGAGCCCAGCGAGACGUCACAUGACACCGGCCGUUCCGAGGACACAUUGCGGCCUCGGCGGCAGUCGCGGGAGACACGCACCAAACACCCCUCAGGAUCUAAUGUCAGCUUCAGCCACGGCACAGAUGGAGGGGAUCAGGGCCCUGAACAGGUAACACACACACACACACACACACGUCCUGUAGAUCAUUCUCUUGUCAUCACUAUCUUACUACACAGCAUUUCUCUCCUCUCUCUCUGCUCUCUCCUCUCUCUCCAGGACAUGGUGGGUUGCUGUGACAACGAAGCGGAGGACUAUGUGUGUGACUACCACCUGGAGAUGCUGAGUCUGUCUCAGGACCAGCAGAACCCGGUGAGUAUCCAGUUUGACGAGCAGGGUUGGCAGUGCCACCUGCCCAGCCUCAAGCCCCUGGGCCUCAACAUCCUGCUCAACCUGUGCAACGCCAGCGUCACCCAGCAGCUCUGCCGCUUCUCCGACCACCUCAGUAACCUGGCGCUGCAGGAGAGCCACGGCGCCGUGCUGCCCGUCCACGUGCCCUGGGGACUGUGUGAGAUGGCCAGGCUUAUAGGUGAGGCGAGGGAGGGGAAGAGACUCGCGCACGCACACACACACGCAGACAACUAUACUCUUACUAUGUGGACUAUGUGAACUCCAGACUCAUACACACUGACCCCUUCUCUUCCAUUCUCUUUGUUCCUGGGUUUCUCUCAGGGUUCACUCCUGGGGCGAGGGAGCUGUUUAAACAGGAGAGCCACCUAGCUCUGUACCAGCUGCCCUGUGGGGAGAAGGCCAAGGAGUCUGUCCCUCAACGCCUACACAACUUCACCAAGAGACAACCUCCCAUAAGCCACCUCAUCUCCCUCUUCAUCAGAGACUCCUCUUCCAGUGAGAAUAGCUCUAUUUUUCUUUGUCUUUCUCCCCGCUCACUCCAUCUCUCUGGUUCCAUCUCUUACCCUCCUCUCCUUUACCCUUGACCUCUUUCUUGGAAUCGUUUUGUUGCACGUCUGUGACCCCUGAACUCUCACCCCUAGAUAACGUCCAGAUGUUGUCUCACGGCUCUGCUGACCUCAUCCUGGAGGCCUGCACUGACGUCUGGGACGGAACCGACAUCUACCCCCUCUCUGGCUCCGACAGGUCAGAACAGCCUUAUAACAGCCUUAUGAAGUCUUAUAACAGCCUUAUGAAGUCUUAUAACAGCCUUAUGAAGUCUUAUGACAACCAUCAUUAACCUUUUUAUACGGCUACCCCCCUACAGGAAGAAGGUUCUGGACUUCUACCAGCGGGCCUGUCUGUCAGGCUACUGCUCUGCUUUUGCCUAUAAGCCCAUGCAGGUGUGCCUGUCCAACCAGCUCCAUGGGAAAUGUGUGGAGCUAGCCCCCGGCCCCAACCUCUUCUCUGGGGUAGAACUGCCCCCCACCACCCCUAUCAAACACAUCUCCCGCAGGAACUCCUGGAGCUCCGAUGGUAAGCGAGGGAUUGAGGGAGGUGGGAGGAGAGGAGGAUGCGGGAAGGGAGGUGUAGCUACACUUGACACGAUGUGUUUUGUGUUGUACCUUAGCGUGACACUUGCUUGGAUUUAUUGUCACGCCUUUCUCUCUCCGUAGAGGGUAUAGGAGGUGUGGAGAAAGAUGACUGUGUUCAGGCUCUGAGCGGUCAGAUCUUCAUGGGGAUGGUGUCGUCACAGUUCCAGGCUCGUCUGGACACCGUCAGGCUCAUAGACGCUCUGGUCACCGCCUGCAUACGCUUUGUCUACUUCUCUAUGGAGGACGAGCUACGCAGCAAGGUGGGUGGGUGUGUGUGUUUGCUGAGAUGUAUGUGAUGACGACGAUGAUGAUUUUUAUGUCUGUCCUUUGAAUGUGGUAGGUGUUUGCAGAGAAGAUGGGCCUGGAGACGGGGUGGAACUGUCACAUCUCUCUGACCCCAAACAGAGACAGUCCUUGUGAUGGCGUCCCCAACAGCCCCGGCCAGUACUCCGUACAGGAUGACCAUCAAGACUCCAGAGAUGAGGCAGAGGGGCUGCUGUUACCAGAGGAGGAAACCACUGAUGUCCCCAGCUUCCUGGAGGACUGCAACAGGGUACAGGACAAAUACUGUUAGUCUCCGCUCCUCUUCUGUCACUUCCCCCUGUCUCGUGCUAAUCCUUCUCUUUCCUUCCAGGCGAAGCUACCUCGUGGAAUCCACCAGGUUCGUCCCCACCUGAAGAACAUUGACAACGUGCCUCUGUUGGUGCCUCUCUUCACCGACUGUACCCCAGAGAGUGAGUCAGAACAUCUCCACUUACAUGAAACAACCUUUUCUGUUUUUCCAAAACCUUAGUAUUUGUUACUGAGACAUUCCUAAUAUUUAAUAUACAAAUCAAUUGACCAUGGUAUAGGAGUGAAUUCUAUCACAAUAUAUGCAAUGUAGUUAUGCGUGUUACAGCUACGCAUGUGUGAGUGUUCUAGUGUGUUCCAAAUCUGUGUGUGUGUGUGUGUGUGUGUGUGUAUAUAUAGCCAUGUGUGAGAUGAUCAAGAUCAUGCAGGAGAACAGAGAGGUGACGUGCUGCCUGGGGAGCUCCGCCAACUUCCGCAACAGCUGCCUCUUCCUACAGAGUGACCUCAGGUACAAUCACACGUCACAAAGCAGCUGCAGCUGCCUAGUUCAUUUAUAAAUAGACUAUGAUGUGCGUCCAUAAGUUCACAAGCACAUAAUGACAGUAUGGAGAGGAAUACAGAUCACACACAUACACCCUUUAUCCUCCUGCCCCCCCACCCCCUCCCCUUCCCAGCAUCGCCCUGGACCCCCUGUACCCGUCGCGGUGUUCGUGGGAGACGUUUGGCUACGCUACAGGAGCAGGGCUGAACGGGGAGGUGGAAGGUCUGUCUCCCCUCAGUCUGUCCGGUCAACUCAACUCCCUGGCCUGUUCUGUCACCUUCCACCAGGGGGAGUCGGUCAGCAUGGUCAAACUCAUAGAGCAGGUGAGACACACACCAGAGGAUGGGGGCGAAGUGGAGCUGGAGUGUGGAGAGGAUUUUAAAAAAGUGUUGUCCUUUAGCCACUAAUGCACAGAGAUGUUGAUAUGAGUCGACCAGGAAAUGGGUCACGGCCUGUGUAAUUGAUGGCAAGACGAUGAAUGAACCCAUGCAGCAGCACCAGAGAUGUUUUUAUUUCUAUACAGGCUAUUAUAAAAAAAAUAAAAAAUGAGUAUUUUUAUGAAAGUCUACGUUUGUAACAGUGCUAAAGUUUUCUGUCAACUGUCAAAUGUGAGCGCAACAGAACCAGUUACAACUGAAGUAUCUGAUCAUCAAUAGAUUAGAGAAAAGCUAUUUGUUUUUUUAACACGGUGGCCGCACAGCCGGUCAUCAGGUAGAUCUUUGUUUAAUAGCCUACUACAUGUUGUUGAAAUGUUGAUGCUUCUUACGAUAGCCUACUUCAAAACCAAAUGGUACAUAGUCACAAAACUAGAUGGGGUGUGUUUGGUAAAUUAUCUUUUUAAACAAAAAAUGAAUAGAGCAAAUUUGGAGCUGCAUUAAUAUUUAUUUAAUAUUUAUUUAGUGCUGAGCGAUUUAUUAUUUGAUUUUUUUGAUUUUUUUGGUGGAAAGGAUGUUGAGUGACGAGUGAGAUUUCCUACUGCUAUAUCUCACACACACUCAUGAGAUUUCGGGACUUUUUGGGGAGUCAAAAUGUAUUGCCAUUCAAAAUCCUAUUUUCCCUAACCCUUUACCUAACCUUAACCCUAAAUCCUAACCUUAAACCCAAACCUAACCCUAAAUCCUAACCUUAAACCCAAACCUAACCCUAAACCCAACCCAACCCAACCCAAACCUAACCUUAAACCCAAACCUAACCCUAAACCCAAACCUAACCUUAACCCUAAACCCAAACCUAACCCAAACCUAACCCUAAACCCAAACCCAAACCUAACCCUAAAGCCAAACCUAACCCUAAACCCAAACCUAACCUUAACCCUAAACCCAAACCUAACCCUUAACCCUAAAAUAGCAUUUUAACAAAUUCAGGACCUGAAAAAAGUCCAGACUUUUCCCGAAUGUCUUGUUUUUCUACCUUGUCAGGACAUUCUGGUCCUGAUAAGGUAUGAAAGCAUGCACAGACACACAAAGAUACAAUAUAUUUAUUUUACAUGUAUGAUUCCUUUCCAGGCGCGUCACACGACCUACAGCAUCCGCAAGAGCUUCCUGUUCCUUUUGCAGUGUCAGCUGACCUUGGUCCUCAUCCAGGUGAGAGAGCACACACCUGUACAGCCAAUUAAUUUCCGCUAUAAUAAAACAACUGAGGAUGCAACAGUUUUACCUGAAUAUUGUAUUACAUUAUUGUUGAUUUUUUUCCCUCCCGUUGUGUAGUUUCUGGCCUGCCUAGCCCAACUCCCUCCUCCUAUGAACAUCACUGACAUCCUCUGGCUGUCCUGCUUCAGCUGUCCGCUGCUCAGGUACCACUGCUACUAACUAUAUAGGUUUCACAUUCCUGUUUUAUAGUACAACAGUAUAAAUGCAUGAUACUAACCAUGUCUCUGUGUGUUGUGUUGGAAGUGUGUCAUUCUUAGGAAAGCCAGCAGACAGUACUGUGAUGAACGUGGCCACAGGGAAGAACCAAGAUGCCAUCCCCAGAAAGGUACGUACUGUAGUUUACCCGCACCGGCCCUGUUUCAGACAUAUUACUUUACACUAUGCUAUGAGGGUUGUCAUGAUUGGCUUCAAUGCCAUACAGCACUCCUUCCAUAGCCUCCAACUGCUCUUAAACACAAGUAAAACUAAAUGCAUGCUCUUCAAACGAACGCUGCUGGCACCCGCCCACCCGACUAGAAUCACUACUCUCGACAGGUCUGACCUUGAGUAUGUGGACAACUACAAAUACCUAGGUGUCUGGUUAGACUGUAAACUCUCCUUCCAGACUCACAUUAAGAAUCUCCAAUCCAAAGUUAAAUCUAGAAUCGGCUUCCUAUUUCGCAACAAAGCCUCCUUCACUCAUGCUGCCAAACAUGCCCUCGUAAAACUGACUAUCCUACCGAUCCUUGACUUCGGCGAUGUCAUUUACAAAAUAGCCUCCAACACUCUACUCAGCAAAUUGGAUGUAGUCUAUCACAGUGCCAUCCGUUUUGUCACCAAAGCCCCAUAUACUACCCACCACUGUGACCUGUACACUCUUGUUGGCUGGUCCUCACUACAUGUUCGUUGCCAAACCCACUGGCUCCAGGCCAUCUAUAAAUCACUGCUUGGAAAAUCCCCGCCUUAUCUUAGCUCAUUGGUCACCAUAGCAAUACCCACCCGUAGUAUGCGCUCCAGCAGGUAUAUCUCACUGGUCAUCCCCAAAGCCAACACCUCCUUUGGCCGCCAUUCCUACCAGUUCUCUGCUGCCAAUGACUGGAACGAACUGCAAACAUCUCUGAAGCUGGAGACUCUUAUCUCCCUCACUAACUUUAAGCAUCAGUUGUCAGAGCAGCUUACCGAUCACUGCACCUGUACAUAGCCCAUCUGUAAUUAGCCCACCCAACUACCUCAUCCCCAUAUUGUUAUUUAUUUUGCUCAUUUGCACCCCAGUAUCUCUAUUUGCACAUCAUCUCUUGCACAUCAUCAUUCCAGUGUUAAUAGUAAUUUUAAUUAUUUUGCACUAUGGCCUAUUUAUUGCCUUACCUCCAUAACUUGCUACAUUUGCACACACUGUAUAUAUAUUUUCUAUUUUCUGUUGUAUUUUUGACUUUAUGUUUUGUUUUACCCCAUAUGUAACUCUGUGUUGUUGUUUUUAUCGCACUGCUUUGCUUUAUCUUGGCCAGGUCGCAGUUGUAAAUGAGAACUUGUUCUCAACUGGCUUACCUGGUUAAAUAAAGGUGAAAUAAAUAAAAAUAAAUAAAGUUUAUGCGCUACGCACUUCAGCACUCGGCAGUCCCGUUCUGUGAGCUUGUGUGGCCUACCACUUCGCGGCUGAGCCGUUGUUGCUCCUAGAAGUUUCUACUUCACAAUAACAGUACUUACAGUUGACCGGGGCAGCUCUAGCAGGGCAGAAAUGUGACAAACUGACUUGUUGGAAAGAUGGCAUCCUAUGACGAUGCCACGUUGAAAGUCACUGAUCUCUUCUACUGCAAAUGUUUGGCUAUGGAGAUUACAGGGCUGUGUGCUCGAUUUUAAUAGCCGAAUUAUAGCUGAAAUAGCCAAAUCCACUAAUUUGAAGGGGUGUCCACAUACUUUUGUGUGUGUGUAUAUAUAGUGUAUCUUAAUCAUGACAUGUGUACCAUGGCAUUCCUUUUAACAUCUUGAUUUGUGUACAUCUACUUCCUGCAGACGCAGACCUACUUCCUGGGUUGUUUCCUGUUGAAGUUUGGCCUGACCGUGUGUGCCUACCUGCUGGGCUUUGGCUUUACGCUGCACGAGGUCUGCCUGAGGACCAACAACCUAACAAUGGCAGAGAACACCACCAUCAACUGUAGUGAUAUCUUCAGUGUCAGUUCAGCUCGGGAUGCUCCCCAUUGGUUCAGAGAGCUGUCCAACGGCCUGCUGCUCACUCAGAAGGUCAUGGCUGGGUUCCUGGCCCUGCACACGGGUAGGAGGAGCUCUCGGUGACCUCUCACCCCUGCAUCUGUUAAGUCAGGGAUGCAUCCCAAAUGGCACCCUAUUUCCUAUAUAGUGGACUACUUUUGACCAGGGCAUUGUAUAGGGAAUAGGUUUCCAUUUCAGAUGCAGCCUCUGACUUCUAUGCUACUCCUGGAGAGUAAUGUGCGUGUCCUCUCUUCCUUGUGUCCUCUCUUCCUUGUGUCCUCUCUUCCUUGUGUCCUCUCUUCCUUGUGUCCUCUCUUCCUUGUGUCCUCUCUUCCUCUCUUCCUCUCUUCCUUGUGUCCUCUCUUCCUUGUGUCCUCUCUUCCUUGUGUCCUCUCUUCCUCUCUUCCUUGUGUCCUCUCUUCCUCUCUUCCUUGUGUCCUCUCUUCCUUGUGUCCUCUCUUCCUUGUGUCCUCUCUUCCUCUCUUCCUUGUGUCCUCUCUUCCUUGUCCUCUCUUCCUCUCUUCCUUGUGUCCUCUCUUCCUCUCUUCCUUGUGUCCUCUCUUCCUUGUGUCCUCUCUUCCUUGUGUCCUCUCUUCCUUGUGUCCUCUCUUCCUCUCUUCCUUGUGUCCUCUCUUCCUUGUGUCCUCUCUUCCUUGUGUCCUCUCUUCCUUGUGUCCUCUCUUCCUUUGGUCCUCUCUUCCUUCUUCCUCUCUUCCUGUGUCCUCUCUUCCUUGUGUCCUCUCUUCCUUGUGUCCUCUCUUCCUCUCUCUCCUUGUGUCCUCUCUUCCUUGUGUCCUCUCUUUCCUUGUGUCCUCUCUUCCUUUCUUCCUUGUGUCCUCUCUUCCUCUCUUCCUUGUGUCCUCUCUUCCUUGUGUCCUCUCUUCCUUGUGUCCUCUCUUCCAGUGGUCAUCUCGCUAAGUUACGUCCAUCGCUCCCAGCCUCUGUGGAAGAAGAACCCCUUCAGCAACACCUGGUGGUGCCUCACUGUCCUUGUCGUGUAAGUGUGUGUGUGUUUCUCUGUCUGUGUUACUUUGUGUGUGUGUGCAUGUGUAGCCUAAAUAUUUCAAACAACUAUGAAGUGGCAGCUGCGAUAGAGAAGUUUCAACUUUUUUUGGCAUCAACUGAUACUCUUUUGUCCCUCUUUCGGUCUCCCCCUCCCUUCCUCCAGCCUGUUCGGUCAGAUGGUGCAGGCCACGGUGGACUACAAGCUGUGGCAGGACAGGUCGGGAUCUUUGACCUUUGACCUGAAGGACAUCCCCAUGCUGGCCUGGCUGCUGGUCUCCCUGUCCUCCCUGGUGGUGGUGAUGCUCAACGAGGCCGUCAAACUACACGAGAUACGGUAAGAUGGAGAGAGGGGGAGGAGGGAAGGGGUGAGAGGAGGAGUAGGAGUGGUAUGAUGAGAAGGAGACAAAGGUGGAAAAGACAGAAGGGUUGAAAGUUGAGGAUUAUGAAAGAUGAGAGGAUGGUGGGAUGGAGGAUGAUGUCAUGUGGGGGGGAAACGGAUGUUGAUCUUUCCUUUCUGUCUGCAGGGUUAGGGUACGCUAUCAGAAGAGGCAGAAGCUACAGUUUGAGACUAAACUAGGGAUGAACUCUCCCUUCUGA